GUUCUCGGUGAAAACCCUGCUGGAAAAGUACACAGCCGAGCCCAUCGACGACUCUUCCGAGGAGUUCGUUAACUUCGCAGCCAUCCUGGAGCAGAUCCUGAGCCACCGUUUCAAAGCCUGUGCCCCAGCAGGGCCCGCCAGCUGGUUCAGCUCCGACGGGCAGCGCGGCUUCUGGGACUACAUCCGCCUGGCCUGCAGCAAGGUGCCCAACAACUGCGUGAGCAGCAUCGAGAGCAUGGAGAACAUCGGCACCGCGCGGGCCAAGGGCCGGGCGUGGAUCCGGGUGGCACUGAUGGAGAAGCGCAUGUCGGAGUACAUCACCACGGCCGUGCGGGACGCGCGCACCACCAGGCGCUUCUACGACUCGGGGGCCAUCAUGCUGCGCGAGGAGGCCACCGUCCUCAUCGGGAUGCUGAUCGGGCUGAGCGCCAUUGACUUCAGCUUCUGCUUGAAGGGCGAGGUCCUGGACGGGAAGACGCCGGUGGUCAUCGACUACACACCCUACAUGAAGUUCACCCAGAGCUACGACUACCUGACGGACGACGAGGAGCGGCACAGCGCCGAGAGCAGCACGAGCGAGGACAACUCGCCCGAGCACCCGUACCUGCCGCUCGUCACUGACGAGGACAGCUGGUACAGCAAGUGGCACAAGAUGGAGCAGAAGUUCCGCAUCGUCUACGCGCAGAAGGGCUACCUGGAGGAGCUGGUGCGCCUGCGCGAGUCGCAGCUGAAGGACCUGGAGGCCGAGAACCGGCGGCUACAGCAGCAGCUGGAGGAGGCCGCGGCCCAGAACCAGCGCGAGAAGCGGGAGCUGGAGGGCGUCAUCCUGGAGCUGCAGGAGCAGCUGACAGGUCUGAUCCCGGGUGACCACGGCCCCCUGGCCCAGGGAUCCAAGGAGCUCACCACGCCCCUGGUCAACCAGUGGCCCUCGCUGGGGACGCUCAAUGGCUCCGAGGGCGCCGGCAACCCCAAGCUCUACCGGAGACACAGCUUCCUGAGCACGGAGCCGCUGUCGGCGGAGGCCAGCCUGAGCUCCGGCUCCCAGCGCCUGGGGGAGGGCAAGCGGGACGAGGAGCCCUGGGGCCCCAUCGGGAAGGACCCCACACCCUCCAUGCUGGGCCUCUGCGGCUCCCUGGCUUCCAUCCCCAGCUGCAAGUCCCUGGCGAGCUUCAAGUCCAACGAAUGCCUGGUGAGCGACAGCCCUGAGGGCAGCCCGGCCCUGAGCCCCAGCUGAGUGCAGGAAGCGGCCCCUCUGCAGCUCGCUCUGCCCAAGAACAGUGCCCACUGGCCCGGCCAAGGGGCACGCGGAGACCGUGCCACCCUAGCUUCCUGCCCCAAGGGGCGCAGUGGCCGGGAGCCACAGCGGGUGCCCAGGGAGCGGCUCCUCUUCCUGGGGGCCCCGAGGCCUGGCCAGUCCCUUCGGCGGAUCCUCCACCUGCCCUCGGGAGCUAGCGCUCAGCCCCUGCUGCCUGCCUCCCGUCUGCCUGGCACCCCGGCCCCAGCCUUCCCCGGCCCCAGCGGGUGCCGGGGAUCCAGCAAAUAAAAGCCAGAGGACCGAG